CUCUCACACUCUGUGUUAAUCUUUGCUGUCGUUUGGCUCGCUCUACGCACCAGCGGUUCUCAACACCUCACGCACCAUGUCUGCUGAAGCUGAAGUCGCUAAGCCCGCUGCCGCCACCAAGGCCAAGGGACGCAAGUCUGGAGCUGCUGCCAAGAAGGCGAAGAAGCCCGCAAACCACCCGAAGUACACCGACAUGGUAAAGAACGCCAUCGUUGACUUGAAGGAACGUGGAGGAUCUUCCCGUCAGGCCAUUCAUAAGUACAUCAUGGCAAACUACGACGUCGGCAAGGACACCAAGGUGGUAAAUACUCACCUGAAGCAGGCCCUCAAGCGAUCUGUGCAGACCGGAGUUCUGAAGAGGUCCAAGGGUACUGGAGCAUCUGGAUCCUUCCGUCUUGCUGACAAGGCUGAGAAGGCUCCCAAGAAGAAGGUCGCGGUGAAGAAGCCCGCUGCCAAGAAGUCUCCCGCCAAGCCCAAGGCCGCGAAGAAGCCCGUAGCUAAGCCCAAGAAGGCUGCAUCCCCGAAGAAGGCCGCAGCUAAGCCUAAGGCUGCCACCAAGGCGGCGAAGCCCAAGGCUGCUGCCAAGCCCAAGACACCCAAGAAGACGAAGCCCGUGAAGAAGGCAUCUCCGAAGAAGCCCAAGGCCAAGAAAGCCACACCAGCUAAGAAGGCAGCGAAGAAGUAAACUUCAUCGUCAUCUGGGAGACUUCAUCAUGUAAAUAGUAAAUCAUGACAUUUAUUUAUCUCGCUGUUCAUACUGCGGUAUGCCAUUUGUUGUACAUCUGUAUAUACUUCAUCCCAACAUCACAAUCAUGUCAUCCACGCGCCAAAAUAAAAGGUGUUUUUGUACA